UUGCUUGGUGUGGCCGGAGAUUGUGUACAUCGUGUAAAUGUGAACCUAUAUCCUACAUUCAGAUCAAGUUUGUGUUUGUAUUCUUCUUUUACUUAGUAAACCCAUCAUUGUAGAUGUAGAUGUAAACAUGUUUAUAUCCAUGAGUAUGCACGGGCUUAUAUUAUUGCAUUUAGAUGUACAUUCCUGAACAUUGGUGUAUACAUCUUCAAGUGUGUGCUGUCAAACUAGUUAAGAGUGUAAGACUUCACAUACAUAAAAUAAAAUGAUCGUUGUUGGCCUCAAAAGUGUUACGGUGAAUGCCGAUUGUCCACGACUCCUCGACAUUCAACAGGACUGAGUCAGUAGAGUUAGUCAGAUCAUACAGAAUAUACAGUUGACUCCAUACCAGUGUAAUAUACUCCAACAUAGUUCAGUACAAGAAUAAAAAUCAUUCAGAACAAGUCUAAAGUAUAAAGAAAGAACGGUUUCAUAUCAUAUGCACGUUCAAGUACUUAAAAGUUGAUCAAAUUUUUGUGGAUAAAAGUAUUUUUUAUACAACAUCGAUUUUUUUUAUUGAAAAUAAAGAUUUUCGAAUUGUUAAAUAAAUGUUGAAGCUUCAGAAGACAUUUAGUAAUUCAAUAUUGAGUGCUGAAGGGAUACAGGAUAUUAGUUGUCAUGAAUAGUAAACAUUAUUUAAACGUUGGAGCCAUUGAAAAUCGUCAUCUUAAAAGCAUGACAAUUAUAUCUUGCAGUAUGUUUGCAGUAGUAGACGUUCAAUGACCUAGGUAUAGAGAGAGAGAUGGCGAUAGAAAUAUCUUUUUUAAUAAUUAAGCAUUAUAUUUAUGUAUGUUAAGAAAUAAUUGAAAGGAAAUACGAAAUAAACAGAUAAAUAUUUUUUAAAGUUAUAUUAAACUGAAUUAUUAAGAAGUGUUAUCAUAUACAAAUUCUAAUGAGUAAAAGUUUGAAUAAUUCAUAAGUAAAUAAUAUCUAAACAUGGAAAAAAUGUCAACACAGUGUAGAUAUUUUGUGCAACAUGCUUGGAAGCAAAAUCUUUGUGCCAAUUGUUUUGAAACACGUGAAGAACAUGAAAGAGCUUUAAAAGAACGUUUAAAAAAGUGCAAUGUGUCAACAGUAUCGUCAACUACAAAAAACAGUCAAAGUAUACAGAGUAUCUUGAGACGGAACCGCAAUGACACUCAACUUUCAUCAGACUUGCAAAGAAAAAACGUCGCUUUCCUAGAUUCUCUAACUGAGGUUAUCGGUUAUGGCGGUGAUGAUAACUAUGACGAAGGUUCCGAUAAUGAAGAAUGCCUUAAAUCUAAUGAUACAGUAGAUAAAAUAAAAAUAUUAGAAGAAUUUGUGCCAGAUAGUGAAGAAGAUCGAGCUUUAAAUAAUCUUACUCGAGAGAAUACAAACUUUAACAGAAUAAUAGAAAACCUCACUAAUUCGCCUUUACCAGAAGUUAGUUCUACAAAUGUAAAUAAUAAAACCAACGAACUAUCAUCUAAGACCUUUGGUAAUCUAAUGCUUGGGAAUAUUAAGAAAAAUACAGAUGGUAAAAAAACGACAUUAAUUGUGUCAGUAACUCCAUUUCAAUCAGAGUCUUCCGCAAAGAGUGAGCAUGGCUUUAUAAGAAAACAAUCAGAAAAUAGAAUAAUUACAAAAGAAUCAAAAGAUAUUAUAGUUGAUGUUAAUAAUGACCAUAAAUUGAAUAAUAUUACUUGUGAAAAUAUUUCUUCAAAUAAUUAUCAAUUGAAAGAUUCUAAAAAGCCAUUGUUAAGUAGUCCAUUAAAACCAAUUAGUGAUAAAGUUAAAAACAAAAAUAUAGAAAUUAAACCAUUAAGAACAAAUUUAUCAAAAAAUAAUAUUAAUAAUAAUAACAUUGGAAAUGAUAAACAAUCCAAUUGUGAUAACACUUUGUCAAUUAUUUCUGAAAAAAAGAAAGUUGAUGAAAAUAGUAAUAUCCAUGACGUAAUAUUAUAUAAUAAACCAGCGGUCAAUUUAGAAACCGAAGUAAAAAAGAUUAUUCCAGAAUUAGAACCAUAUGCGAGUGAAAAAAAAUUAGUGGAUGAAUUAAUUCCACCGAUAAGUAAUGAAAAUCUGAUAUCAGGUAUUAAUAACCAAGACAAUAAUGAUAACUGUGAUGAAACAUGCAAUAAAGUUGAAAUAUUAGAGACAACGUCUGAUUCUAGUGAGGCUUUACUUGCUAAUGAUGAUAAUGAUAACUCGUCUACGCUAAUAGCAAUGCCUCGAAGCUCAUUUCUUCACGGGAAAAUUGAUCUAAAGUCAGAACCUCAAAAAACAGAAAUGUUUGAUAUCAAAUCUUCUACUGAUGACAUUACCAAGCUAUCAGAAGAAUCGUCAAAAAAUAUUUAUGUUGAUCAAUUAGAUGAUCAAUCAAUUACUGAGUCAUUAAUGACUAAUUCAGAUAAGCAGAAAAAUUUUCAUCUAGACGAAUAUCAAAUGAAUGAUGAUAAAAAUGUGCCAAAAUUUUCUGAAUCAUCAAAUUAUUCAUCACAAGAAAAUUCUCUGAGCUCAGUAUAUACAAGAAAACCUGUAUCCAAUAUCAAAUCCGACUGUCCAGUAGUUAGGGAGAAAGAAAAAAGGGAAAGAAAUCAUUUAUGUAAUCAAAAAUUGGCUAAAAGUGAUGAUGAAUCAUUAAACCAAUAUGAUUCAAAUAUUUCUAAUGAUAUUAAUGAGAAAACUGAUUCACUUAGAUCUCAAGAAUGUAGCUCUUUGUCUGAUACCGAAUGCAGUUUAGCAUAUUACUCAACUGAUCCACAAUCAGAUAUUGAAAAUCUCCGAGUGAAUAAGAAGAAAAGUAAGACUCAAUACUUUUUGAAAAAAUUUUUACGCAUCGGUGCUUCAAGACGAGAAGUAAAUUUAGUAACCAAUUCGUUUCAUAAAGAAACUGAUAAUUCUUUGACUACAUCAUCACAAUUAUCAUCAUCAUCAACAUCUUCAUCAUCUCAUGUAAAACCAAGACCUAAAAUUAGUCAUCCUCAUAAGCUUGAUGGAACUUCUGUGCAGGUCUUACGUCACAAGAAGCUUGUGAGUGAUUUGAGCGAGCUUUCACGGAUUUCUAAUGCUAAAAAUUUCGAUCAUGCUGAUAACUUUGAUUCUAAAACGCUUACAGCUCACUUAAAAGAUCCAUUAUCUACUAAUAAGUCACAGUUACCAGAAUCUAACUGCUUAAAAUCACUAGAAAAUAAUUCAAGUACUUUAUUGCCAUCAUCAUAUAGUGAUCAAGAAGAUUCUGAAUUAUCUAAUAUACUUAAAGAAGCUGAUAAUCCUUCAUGGAGGUCCCUUACCUCAGGCUUGAAGAUGAAAAACUUUACAAAUGAGUCAGUUUUUGUUGAUUCUGGUAAAUUUCGCUCAAUACAAUGCAAUUAGAACAAAGCCGUUGAUAGAGGUAUAAUAUAAUAUUGUAUAAAAAAUCAGCCUUUAAAUUUUGUUUAUUGAAUUUAACGCUAUUUUCAAUCUUA